GAAUCCUAGCCUCGUUGUCAGUUUCCCUGCACUAAGAGUCUAAGAGCACAGAUCCAAUUCAAUCUUCCUCAAAUUCCAUAUUCUCAGAUCUUUAACGCCAAACAGAUGCCGGGGAAGGCUGACGUGAGGCGGUCGGUGAUGUUCCGGUCGGCGGUGUUCGUGGUGUUGCUGUGUGGUUUGAGUAAUGUUCCGGCAGGUGACGCCAUAUGGUUGAAUGUUCCUCAGACCGGAACUAAGUGUGUCUCCGAGGAAAUCCAGAGCAACGUCGUCGUUUUGGCUGACUACGUCGUUGUUACCGAGGAUCACGGUCACAUACAUACCAUUUCUGUCAAGGUGACAUCCCCUUAUGGGAACAAUCUUCAUCACAAGGAGAAUGUGACCCAUGGUCAAUUUGCAUUCACAACUCAGGAGGCUGGCAACUACCUAGCAUGUUUCUGGUCCGAGGGCCAUUACCAAGGACCUGGAGAACUUAGCGUCAACAUUGACUGGAAAACUGGCAUUGCAGCUAAAGACUGGGAGUCAGUGGCCAGAAAAGAAAAAAUUGAGGGUGUUGAGCUCGAGCUGAGGAAACUCGAAGGUGCAGUGGAGGCCAUUCACGAGAACUUACUCUAUCUGAGGGACAGAGAAGCGGAAAUGAGGGCUACAAGCGAGAACACAAACGCUAGAGUCACAUGGUUCAGUGUCAUGUCUUUGGGUAUUUGCAUUGCGGCUUCGAGUCUGCAAAUUUGGUACUUGAAGCAAUACUUUCAAAAGAAGAAGCUCAUCUGAAGUUCUAAACACGUUGAUUGGUAGGAGAGAAAAUUC